UCACGUUGUGCAAAUAUAUAUAGUUGUAUACAAAACUGCCACAUCUAACAAGCUGGACGCAGUUGCGGCCCCGGUGACUGGUUUCAGGUUGGGUUCAAAACAUGUUGCGCACAGCGUCAGAUCGCCGUGCAAGUCUCUUAUCGCCCGCGGAAUUAAGAUAAAAAGCUGCUAGAUAUUAGAUAAAUCUGCCAUAAAAGCCGCACUGCAUGCAUUAAAAGCCUCUCAGUUUACAUGCACUUCAGCGCGGUUUUAACAGCAUCUGCACGCAACACGGCUUAAUUGGAUUCCACGAAACACCGCAGGACGAUUUCAAGAUGUGCCUGCCCAAGCGCGUCAGCGGCGACGCCAUACAAAGCUUGACUACAGCCAUUGGUAAUCUGAUUUGCUUUAACUUCGGCCUCAUGUUUGGCAUUACCCCGGCACACAUGACUCUCUACGAGUCGGAGGCACUAACGCCCCUCAACACAGUCACAGAUCCGGCGGGCACCGCCUGGUUAACUGGCUAUCUCUUUCUGAGCGCCGCACUGGGUGCUAUAUUUUCCGGCUGCCUGGCAUUACGCAUCGGUCCCAAGUCCGUGCUACUCUGCUGUGGACUACUUCAGAUUUGCGGCUGGUUUUCCAUACAUUUUGGCUUCGACAUAGUGCACAUCUAUGCCUCGCGCAUGUUUGGGGGCGUGGCAGCUGGUGCAGCAUUCGUAGUGCUACCCAUUUUCAUCAAUGAAAUUGCCGAGACGCGGGAGAAGGCCGCCCGUUUGACCUUUACCAUUGAACUGUGGCGCACAUUGGGCAUACUAUUGGGCUUUGUGGUGGGCUUUUAUGUGUCCUACGAUUAUGUGAAUAUUGUGGGCUGCAUUUUGUCCUGUGCCUUCUCGCUGGUGUUCCCCUUUGCGCAGGAGAGCCCGCAUUACUAUUUGCGCAAGGGCAAUUUGGACAGUUUGGAGAAGUCGCUGCGCUGGUAUCGCGGCAUACGUGAUCUUGAUGACCGCGACCAGCCCGAGUAUCUGCUCGAGCUGGCCGAGUUCAAGGCGGAAAUAAAGGGUCAGGGCCAGGGCAUUGGCUCUGCGCCCUUUUCCCACAGCUAUGUGGUGCGUUUGAUCUGUGUUAGCUUCCUGCUAACGAUUUGCGGCAAGCUGAGCGGCGUCUUUGUGGAGCUCAAUUAUGCCGCCGAUUUCCUGGGCCGUACCGGUUACUCGACGGAGCUGAACUAUGUGCUGCUCGCUGCGGCGCAGUGCGUGGGCGCCCUCUUCGCACGCGUCAUCGGUCCGCAGCUGCCGCGCAAGCUGUUGCUUUGCCUCUCCUCGCUGCUCGCCGCCGUUCCAGUCAUCAUCUUGGCCCUGUUCAAGCAAUUUGGAUCCACUUGGUCUCUGGGCAUCUGGUGUGAGCGUUAUCUGCCCAUCGUUCUGCUCGCCGCUCAGCUGUUCUUUGUCAGCUUUGGUCUCUAUCCCCUGGCUGCUGUCGUCAGCAGCGAAGUGCUGCCCACAAAGCUGCAUGACCUGCUGUACUCGUUGGCCUCGAGCGUCUCCUGGCUGCUGCUCUUCGGCAUGAUUGAGGCUUUCAAUGCAGUCAAGUCAACACUCGGCCCUGGUCUGGUGCUUUACCUGUGGGUCUUUGCAGCCGCUUCGAUAUUUGUGGGCCUUAUUUCGCUGCCUCUGCUGCCGGAGACACGCAACCGUCGUCCGUCGGCCGUGCAACGCGAAAUGGGCUAUGUGGGGCAGGAGGGCGUUGCCAAGGUGGCCAGCGCAAUUAAUGGCCACAUCUCGACUCACAUCUGAAUAAUUAAAGCCAACUGCAAUUAGUGUGUAAGCUUUCGGUACAUAAUAUAAGUAAAGCACAAAUUAAUUUAAAUGAUCCAAAAGACCGUAGCAUGGUAUUUAAUUUGCAGCAUGUUAAUUUAAUCAUGUUAAGUGCCAUCCCAAUUAUUGGCCAAUCUACAUGACAAUUGGCAUAAUUCGCUCUGAUGAAAUUCACAUUCAAUGCGGAACAGCAGGCCAACCAUAAGCCUAUGAUCUUAGCUUAUCUAAUCUUGCCUCACAUUUUUUAUUACAAUGAAUAUGCUAGGCAACUGUGCAGAACUCUUUGCGAUGGCAGUUGCAAAUAGCU